CAACUUCCGAUCAACCCAUCAGUUCAUAUUGAUCGGGAACCAUGGAGUGCGCCGGCAGGGGAAGCCGAACCCCAUGUUCCGGUCCGGCGAUGAGACGUUGCCGUCGCUGCCAAGCUGUGGCUUAUUGCUCCAUCUCUCACCAGGUAUCACAUGGGAAUGUACACAAGAAAGAGUGUCAAAGGUUGGAACAGCAAAUGAAGCAUGCACAUGUUGUGAGUGAUUUCCCUUUUACAUUUUCUGAAGAAGCUACUAUGCAGGUGUGUGAUAAACGGGAAACAAGGUGUUCGUUCUUGAUAAAACAGGGAGUUCACCGUACAGGAAUGUGGACGUUUGAAUGUAGCUGUGGGGCAUCAACUGGUAUAUUUGAUUGCUCAAGGCUCAUGAAAGACUGGAACCUAUCUAUUACACUGUGUCCUUGUAGAGAGCCAUCCACUCCGUUACCGAAGUUACUUAGUGGUUGGAAAGAAUAUUAUGAAUGGAGGUGCAUUCCACUAUAUUCUCCUGUUGCUUUGCUACUUCACUGGUCAUUGACGCUGUAUUGGGCUAUUAAGCUGGCAGUUCAAGGGAACCUGAUUCCUGAAAUUAGUAAUGAGCUACGCAUACAUUAUUUAGGUCCUGAAAAAGAGCUUCAUCAGCUUGCAGUGUUCAGUGAACUGCAUGCAGUUUUUCCUGAUGUUCGAAUCCAUAUUGAUCUUGUGGGACCGGCAGUUCCAGAAGAAAGGAAUGGUGAGAGAAUUGAACUUCGUGAUUAUGCUCGUUGUACAGAGACCAACUGCAAGUGUAAAUGUUCGGCUGAGAGUUUUGGCCCAACGUCAUUACAAAGUGGAUCUUCAGCCAUUACAUUAAAGCUUCAUAAUGGUUAUUAUCAUGAUUGUUAUAAUGAUCUUAUGAAGGAUACUCCUCCUAAUCUAAUUAUUGCACCGAAUGCUGGUGUUGCUGCUUACAGAAGCUGGCUUCAAACCAUUGAGCUGAUAAAUGAGAUAAAAGUUCCAGCAUUUUUCUCCGAUUACUGUGAAGAAGCUUGUAAUCUGGCAACUAGUUGCAUAAGCUCUGUCACUGGGGCUUCUCCUACCAUUCCUAUCCAAUUAAAUCCUUUUAGGCAACCCCUUGCAGUAGAAGACAGUGCCCUGUUUCUUCCAUGCUACUCAAAUUGCUUCAUCUUUGGGAUUUGAAGUACCUUCUUCAGAGUAUCUCAAGGAUGCAAUGGUUUGACUCUAUUAAAACAUAAAUAGCAGACUGAAGAGUAUUAAUGUUUAGACUAAGAAAUGCACCCACGCGUGUGGCCUCGUCGUCAAUGAAGUGGGUUGAAAAUCAUGGGUCUCAGGUUCAAUUCCCAAACCGAGGCAAGAACAUUAGGUGAUUUCUCCUCAUUGGUCCAACCCUUGAUGGACAAAGUUACUCGGUAUAUGUGUUGACAGAAGGUAGUAGAUAGCUCGUGGAAUUAGUCAAAGUACAUCUAAGCUGACUGAUUCUGUAUUCCUUGAGGUGAUGCUAAAAUGUGCCCUCAGCCCAACUUUGAGUAAAUAUUUGUUUUGGUUCAAUUAUAAAACUCUCUUUCUGUAUUUUGGCCCCCCAAUAAUUUAAUUUUUCUACU